AUGAACCAAAUCCGGAUACGGAGCAAGGCCAAGCAGCUGCUGGAUGCUGGGUGCCAGAUCCACGAGUUUGGAGGACAGACGCUGGAGGAGGGUGGUUUCGGCGACGACGUGGCGGCGCUGCAGGCAUUCCUCAGCGAACGUGCCUAUUUCAAUGCAGGGGAAGGCUUCAGCGGUUACUUUGGGAGCGUGACGAAGGAGGCUCUGUGCGACUGGCAACGCGACAGCGGAUUGGAAGUCACAGGUUCCUUCAACACGGCGAGCCACCUGGAAUACCUGCGCCAGAAGAAGGCCAACCUCCAUGCGGCUGUGACGCAGCAGGCUGGACAAGCGGCAGUUGCCUCGACUGGCGCUGCCGGCGUGGCGGCCUCGGUGAGCGUGGCAAGCGAGAAUCCUGGGCACCUGCAAGCUUUCGUCGCCCCAGCUCUGCCUGCUGGGGCCCUGGGUCUGGCGGCCACCCUGGUCACCAUUGUCUUGGGGCAUUACUAUGGCGGCAAGGCCGUGUACAACCAGGUCAAGCAGCUGCUGGUGGCCGAGGGCAGCGGUGUCGGUCUGGCGCCCACCCUCCCGGCGACGGGCCUUCGGACCCCCAAGCCCAGCGCUGCCCAGGCCCGGCGUGGCCCGGCCCAGCCUGGGCAUCCCAGGCCCCGCCAGGCCGGGCACGCCGCUGUGACGGCGGGCCGGGUGGCGCGGCCCGACCCUGCACGGGAGCAGGCCGCGCAGGCCGGACCCCAGCACUUUGCAGACGUGCGGGGGCCGGAACAGGUCCCCGCCGGCCCCGGCCGGCCGGGGCCGCGCAUGGCCCCGGCGCCAGCGUUGCUGGUGGGCACCGACCUGGCGCCCCUGCCGGAUCGGCCUGGGGACCCGGUACCCGGCGGCGCUGCCCCCCUGAACCCCCGCCUGACCGUGGCGGAGGCCGCGCGCCAGGCUGCGCUGGCGGCGAGGGAGGCAGCCGCCGCCACGGAGGGCGGUCAGCAGGCGGUGCCCCUCUCCGGGGACACCGUGGUCCUGGCCCACCAACCCAUCCGCCUGCACAAGCCCGCGAGGCUGGCGCGCUCCUGA